GAUUGACACCGAUGUCAUUAGUAUCCUACUUAUCGAUAUCAAAAGCCCGACAUCUAACUGCACAUUAUCACUAAAUAAGAAUCUGAUCAAAUUCUUCAAGCCAUUGUUCACACGUGACAAACAUUUUCAAUACGAUUUCCCUAUUGUGAAUACAAAAAUGGGUGGUAUUGAAAACAUACCACUAUUAAUCGAUCAGUUUUCUUGAAGGACAGUAGUUGAUAGUCGUCAUGGAAGUAUUCAAGAAAUUGUGUUCGAAGUUGGUUUUUGUUUUCGUGUUUUGUGUUGUUGUUUCUAAUGCAACAAGUACUAAAACCGAGAUAACAAAGAAUGAUGCUGGAGAAUUCGUUGGGAGGAUGAUGGAGCAAGGGCGAACCCUGGUCCACCACGCUAUGAAGAGGUUCAUGAUCAUCUUACCUGCCAUAUUCUUCAAACUGGGAAUUGCUUUCACAAUGCUCGUCCUGGUAACUAUAGUUUCUGUCAACAACGGCGUAAUUGGAUUCCUGCUCUUAGUGGUUGGACUGAGCAGCGUGUUGGCCAGACUUCAAGGUUCUAGCAAGCCUGCUGCGGUACCAUACAUUAGUCCAGUUCCGGUAUUUCACAACCGGUACUACCAGGAUUGGGAUAGAAGAGACAAAGGAAGUGAAGAGACUUCUUCGAAAGGUUACAACCAGGGACUGACCUACAGUCAGCAGUAUACUUAUCCGCAACUCGGUGCUUAUAAUCCAUCCUACUUUGUACAGAAGACAUGAGGAUUCUUCGAUGACGCUUUUAUUUAUAAUAUUCUAGUCGUAGAAUUAAUUUAUAUCAUUCGAAAAUAUAUCACAAUUAUGGCAGUGUAAGACAAUUUUUCCCCAGGACUCCUUCAACAUUGUUAUCCAGUGAUUGCCUGUUACAGUAUCU